AGUGUGACACUGUAGAGCUAGAGGAGCUCUCUUUUCUUUUGUUAAUUGUUAAUAUAUUAUGAGUGUGUAGUACAACCCACAAUUCCUUCUCCUCUCUCUCGGAUCUCUUUCUCUUCACUCUUCUAUUUCUCAAUUGCGGACUUCAAACUUCAAAACCCAACUAAUAAAAUCCAAACCCUAACCUUCCUCAUUUCCAUUUCUGCUCGGUUACGGCUUUACUUGCCGUGGACCCUAAACUUCUCACUGUUGCGAUUCCUUCUUCUUCUUCUUCUUCAGACUUCAAAGUUUAGACAGACAGCUCCUCUGAGGCAUGGAAGAAGAAAAAACAAUUGGUUCUUCACGUGUGGAGUUGAAUGAAAAUAAUAUUGAGAAUGCAACGGAAGAAACAAGAAACGUAAAAGACAAAAUAGAGGAUCCUAAGGUGGGAAUGAUGUUUAACUCCAUUGAUGAUAUAAUGAAAUAUUACACAAGAUAUGGAAAGGAAAAAGGUUUUGCAGUGGCUAAAAGAAGUUCUAAAAAGGGGGAUGAUGGAGAGGUAAGGUAUGUGACUAUUGCUUGUAAUCGUGCUGGAAAGCCAAGGAAUAGAUCUAGCAACCCACUUAAAUUGCAAUCAGAAUCAAAAACGGAUUGCAAAGCUCAGCUUAGGGCGGUUUUAUGCCCGGAUGGAAAGUGGAUAUUGAAUGCCAUGGUACUUGACCAUAACCAUGGAUUGAGUCCAAGCAGAACUCGAUAUUACAAAUGCAACAGGCUACUAGAACCACAUGCAAAAAAGAGGUUUGCAUCGAAUGAUAAAGCUGAUAUUAGAAUGAAGAAGAAUUUAAAAUCAUUUGUGGUUGAGGCAGGGGGGCAUGAGAAUUUGUCAUUUGUAGAAAAGGAUUGCAGAAAUAAACUCAGCUGUUUACACCUCGGGGAAGGAGAUGUUGCUGCAAUGCAAGAUUUCUUUUUGAAAAUGCAAGUUGAUAAUUCUGACUUCUUUUACACAAUGGAUUUUAAUGAAAAUGGUCGAUUAAGGAAUAUAUUUUGGGCAGAUGCAAGGAGUAGAGCAACAUUCAAAGAGUUUGGUGAUGUAGUCAUGUUUGACACAACAUACUUGGUUAACAAAUAUGACAUUCCAUUUGCUCAUUUUGUUGGGGUGAACCAUCAUGGGCAAUCUACAUUGCUAGGAUGUGGAUUGAUCUCAAAUGAAGACACAGAGACAUUUACAUGGUUAUUUCAAACUUGGCUUAAAUGCAUGUUUGGAUGCCCUCCUUGUGCAAUAAUUACAGAUCACGACAAAGCCAUGAAAAAAGCGAUAGAAAUUGUUUUCCCUAAAGCACGACAUAGAUGGUGUUUAUCGCAUAUCAUUGAAAAGCUAUCUAAAAAAUUGAGAGGGUACAAAGAAUAUGAAUCAAUCAAAAUUUGUAUGCAAAAUGCUGUGUAUGAUUCCUUAACAAAAGGAGAGUUUGAAGACAGUUGGGGGAAGUUCGUUGAAAAAUAUAAACUUGAAAGUAAUGAAUGGUUACUUGGGUUGUAUGAUGAGCGUCAUCGUUGGGUGCCUGCAUUUGUGAAAGAUAUGUUUUGGGCAGGAAUGUCAACUACAAAGCAGGGUGAAAGCAUGCAUGCAUUCUUUGAUGGGUAUAUCAAUUUGAAGACUACUUUGAAACAAUUUUUAGACCAGUAUGAGCUUGCUAUAGCCAAAAAAGUGGCAAAUGAAAAUAAUGAAGAUUUCAAUUCUUUUAACUUGUGCAUUCCAUGUAUCACUCAUUAUGAAAUGGAGAAGCAAUUUCAAAGUGCUUACACAAUUGCAAAAUUUAAAGAGUUCCAACAAGAGUUAAUUGGGAACAUUUGUUGUAAUUUGUUUUCAUGCAAGAAGGGUACAGUCUUUUCAGAAUAUGAACUACGUGAAGAUGUAUCACUUGGAGAAAGUCAUCGACCUGCAAUUUUUAGUGUUUAUGUUAACGAGGAUACCAAUGAAGUUAACUGUAACUGCCGGUUGUUUGAGUUUAGGGGGAUAUUGUGCAGACAUCAAAUUAUGGUGUUCAUUCAUAGGGAGGUUUAUCGAAUACCAGACAAGUACAUCUUAAAAAGAUGGAGUAAAACUGUCAUAAGGAGCCACAAUAAAGUUCGGAUAAGUUAUGACAACUGGUUUGUGAAGCCUGAAGCACAGCGCUAUGAUAAAAUGUGCAAAGCCUUUUAUGAGGUUGCCAACUUAGCAGCAGAUUCUGAAGAUAGGUGUGAGAAGGUGAUGGCACAAAUUCAGGAAUUAAAAAGGGAGUUUGAAAAUGAGGAAGGUGUUUGUGGAAGGAAUAAGCCUAUUUAACGGUUUAGCCUCAUGUGGAGAUGAUCUUGCAAUUUCAAAAGAAAGUAGAAAAAUACUUGAUUUUGUUGGUUUUUUGUUCAGAGAGCCACCGACAUCUAAAAGGAAACAAUCUUUCCAUUCUACGCAAGUAUGAUUAUACCAGGGUUUGGCAUGCACCCUUUUUUUUACCAUGAUAAAGAAUCAGGUGCUCAUUUAUUCCCUUAGCCAUUUUUAUAGCUUAAACAGAUUUUACAACAAAGUUGAGUGUCUUUAGCAUAAUAUCUAUUGUCAUUCAUUUUUAUAUUUUAGGGUCAUCAUCAUCCAUCUUGGAAGGCAAUUUAUGAUUUGGCAGCAAUCUAUCCCUCAAGUUUCACCAGAUUGAUAUGAAUGACAUAGUGAAAGCUAAAAUCCAAGAUUGCACAAAGAUGGUAGGAGUGAUACAAGUGCCUGUGAUAGAUAGGGCCAGAAUGGUCUUUGGGGUCUCAUUCUGUACCUUUGAGUUCACAUCCUUCAUAUCCCCAAACCUACAUGCUCCUCUUUUUUCUUUUUUUAAAAUACAAAAAAAAAGAAAAAAAUUGAAGAGUUACUUUUAUUGUUAUUAUUUUGUAUAAUUAUGUUUCUGCAAUCUUAAAUCUCAAGUCUGAACUGAACCCCAUAUUUGUUUUCAUCAUAAACUGGUUCUUGUCUAAUCUAUAGGUUGUCUUUGGUCUCCCAGUAAAGGAAAUUUCAUCUAGGUCUUGGUCCUCA